GCGAGGAAUCUAACAAUGGAAAGACUAGGAAUACAGUUUUCGCUUGUUUUGAUGCUUAUAUUUUGUCAAGUGUCAAGGAGUCAGUUUCCUUUUUAUGAAAAAUACCGUAAUCCUGGCAUUCAGUGGUAUUCCCGGCAAUUAUGCAGGAACCCGCGAUGCGGUUUUGAGGAACUUUGUGAAUUUCAAACUUUGCCAUGCUUAAUCCCGACAUGUGUUAGUAUACCAGUGCCAGUGUGUACGCCAGUAGGUGCCGGACGGGUUGAUAAGGGUGGACGAUGUCCCCCUCCUUCCUUUAUCAUAUCAGAUCGGAUCAGAUGUUUUCAAGACUUCGGUUGUCCUGGGAAUGAACUAUGUUGUCAUGGAUACAGAGGAAGCAAGUGCAGUCCUUUUUUCCCUUUACAAAAUUAAAUGUUCGCAAUAAAAUGCUUUUUGCUACU